AUGGAGAAGUUCGUGGGUGUGUCAUGUUCUUUAACGUUAUUUAGAAAACAUGACUUGAUUGACCAAAAGACACUUCGAGUUAAACAAAAUCGCAUAUUUGCGUCUAGGUCGUACCAUAUUCACCCGACCCGUAAAAAGCGUGACCUUGGAUGUGGGGACAUCUUCAGAAGACGAAGAUACCUAUCUUACGGCACCCUCCUUACCUACGAGAAAACAUUCGAGAAAUUGGGGUUGUUUCUAGCUCGUAAACCGUGGGUUGUAUUUCUUCUGUCACUUAUAAUUGGCACUGUAAGCUGCCUGGGAUUCAUUCGCCUUCGUGUCGAGCUUCCCUCUGUUGAACGCUUCACUGCCACUGACAGCCAAUCCAAGAAAGACUUCCAUCAAGCAGCACAGUUCUUUCCACUUCUUGAAGCGCGCCAAGAACAGAUCAUCAUGGUCCCUAGUCAUGGUCAAGAUAUCCUGAGUGAAGAUUGUUUGAAAGACGCCGUUCUCGUCCACAAGACCAUAGUAAACAUUAGUGGCUACAGUGAAAUAUGCUCGAGGCAGUUGCUUUCAGACACCCAACACAAACCAGCUGAACAUGACUGCAUCAUCAGCAGUCCUCUCGAAUUAGCUGGUACUCAGUUUGAAAAUCUGGGGAACCUUUCUUCCAUUCUGGUUGGUGAGUUGGCAAACUCCACUGUCGUUCUCUCCUCUGGUCAAACUUUCAAUUCUUCCUUUAAGCGAUUGUUGAGUAAUUUUCAAGUUCAACGGAAAACAAAUCCGCCGACUGGUCGGGCUGACGCCCUACGACUUAUUUACUUCCUUAAAAAGGCAACAACUAAAGAAGAAGACCAAGCAGUUAUCAACUUUGAAACAUCUUUUGAGAGUCUCCUCCCGUCGUUGGGUCGUCACUUGAAAUGUGCAGAACUCGCCUUCAAGACUGGGAAAACAAGAAACGAUGCAUUGGAAACCGUUUUGAGAGUGGAGCUAUGGCCACUUUAUGUUACACCUGUGGCAAUGGCUGUUCUUGUCUUUAUUCUCAUAUUCCUUUCCUCUAAUAAUCACAGUUGCCUAAAAAUAGUCGUACUGAUGAUUUCAUCAAUUCUAUUUCCGAUGACCUUUUCUGCAGGUAUUAUCUCGAUGACGAACACCUCUCUUUUCCCAACUACCCUGUUUAUUCCCUUUUUGCUUUUGGGUAAAGCAACCUCAGACAUGAUACUUUUCCUUGUGGAAUGGGAACGACGUAAGGUGCCAUCACUUGAACACCACGUCAGUAACUGUGUUACGAGAGCGGGACUACCUGCUGCAUUGUCGGCAUUGUGUGGAACAAUUUCGAUUGGAAUCGCAAUCAAAUCUUCCUUUGAUGUGAUUUCCGAAUUUUUCACCGUAGCGAUUGUAACUUUUACAGUUCUCUCGGUUUCAUCUUUCAUAGUAACAGUCACUUUGUUGACGUAUUUUGAAAGGCGAGUAAAGAACAUGGACACCUCGUCUGUGCCUCGUCGCAGAGGAUCGCAAAUCGCCGAAGUCGGAGGCUUGCAAAACGGGUCCAUACAAUGGCUAAAUGCGAAACUACGACACAGUUUGAGAGUCUAUGCCCAGAUAAUAACGUCACUGGGUGGUAAAAUUCUCUCACUUUUCAUCUCUGCUUGCAUCAUUAGUUUGUGCCUGUCGUCUGCUUUACAGCCUGAUGAGCGAGCGGGAACCACCGAGGCACUUUACCAAAAUGAAAAUUUCAAGCAGUUCAGUAAAGCACAACAAAAGUUCUUUGGUAAAGAAACUGACACGAGCAUCGUUUUCCCCGUGGAAAUGGAGUAUUCACGGGAUUCUGUACAAGAUACAAUUUUAGACACUUGUAAAAUGCUCCAAGAGGCCCCCUACAGUGCGAGGGAAUCGUUGUGUUGGAUGGCAUCCUUACGGCAGUGGGUGAGUUUUAAAAACAUAAAAUGCUCGAAGUCUGAUUUUUUCCAAUGUCUAGACGUAUUUCUUAAUCAGACCCUUCACGUCCCUUUUCGUCAAGACUUACAUUUUGGAGUAGGAAAUCUCAGACGCAACAUUUUAGCAUCUCGUGUUCAUUUAAAGAUGGUUGUACGCAACCGCUAUAGAGAAGACAGAAGGUCCCUUGAAGAAUUAAGGGGAGACCUUUCCACACAGUCGUCCCAAGAAGCGAUACCAGUGUCUGAGACAUUUUUGGAACUUGAUGACCUCUUUUUGUUGGAAAGAGAAACCGUCUUUAUUCUUCUUAUCGCCACCGUUGUAGUGUUUGUACAUUCGUUGCUCGCAAGUUCAAGUUUCAGGAUUAGUGCUUACCUAGCUAUAACACUGGACAUACUUGUCCUGGAGGCAGCAGGCAUCAUGGAGGCCUGGGGAAUUCAUCUCAAUCACAUUUCCUUUCUUGCCCUCUAUUUGACAGUUAUCCUAUCGCUGAGUUUCAGCAUCCAAGUGGCCCAUUCAUUUGUAUUUUCAGAAAUGAAAGCUGUUCGAGAUCGUAUGGUUGAAGCCCUGAGCUCUGUCUGGUGGUCUGUGCUUGUUGCAGCGGUAGUUCAUAUAGCUGGAUCGGUCUCAUUGGGGUUUAUUUAUCCAAGUCUGGCAGACAUUUUUAGUCGACUGAUCCCUCUUGUAUUAGUCCUAGGACUGAUUCACGCUCUCGUUAUUUUCCCACCAUUCAUCGUAUUAAUUUUCGAGUUAGUGGAUAGUUUUACUUGUCAGAAUGACGUUGAAAUGCUGCCUACCCAGACGGAAACAAACGUAAUGCCCUUGCAGGUACAAGAUGAUCACUUAAAACAACCGAAGUCUGAACGCCCUGCCAUUUCCAUAAUUGGUAUUAGCUGCAGAUUUCCUGGAGCCAGCAGCAAGGACCUGUUCUGGGAUUUGCUUGAGAAAGGAAAGAAUUCCAUUGGCGCGUUUCCCCAGAAUAGAAAAGAAGAGCACAAAACUUUCUUCCAACUAUAUCAUCCUGAGCGAUUUGUCAGUGGACGUCUCUGUGCCGUCAAUGGCUCUUACCUGGAAGAAAUACAGCGUUUCGACAACAGGUUCUUUGGCAUCUCCAAUCAAGAGGCCCGUGGAAUGGAUCCUCAACAGCGAAUUCUUCUACAAGUGGUAUACGAGGCUAUUGAAGAUUCCGGAAUGCGACUUGAAGAUCUUCAAAGGUGUAGAACAGGGGUUUUUGUCGGUGUGAUGAAUCUUGAGUACGGAACACUUAUAACCGACCCAUCAAAUUACAAUAACAUCGACCAGUUUUCAUCUACGGGAAUCACAGCAUCCAUUCUUGCCAAUAGAGUGUCCUUUUGUCUUAACCUAACAGGUCCAAGUCUAGCCGUUGAUACGGCAUGCUCUUCAUCGUUAACUGCUCUGAAGCUCGCUUGUGAUAAUCUGCACAACGAAGAUUGCGAUAUAGCAAUUAUCUGUGCAUCUAACAUCAUUCUCGAUCACUCCAUGCAGAUGGUAUCCAGUAUGGCUGGUCUCCUGGCACCUGACGGGCGCUGCAAAAGUUUUAAUGCCUCUGGCGACGGCUAUGGACGGGGAGAAGGUUUUGCAGCAGUUGUUUUGAAGCUAUCCAAUGCAGCUUUAAGUGACAAAGAUGAUCAAUACUGCGAAAUAGUUGCCUGCGGUAUGAACAACGAUGGACAAAAUGCCGUACCGAUGACCGCCCCAAGUGCAAAAAUGCAAGCUGAAUUAUCCAGAACGGUGCUAGAAAAGUCAGGAUUGAAUCCAAGCGAGGUGAAUUACUUCGAAGCGCAUGGCACUGGUACUGCAAUUGGAGAUGUGAUAGAGGUUACCUCCAUAGCUGAUACUUACACCAGAGGACAUGGAAAGCCCACACGAAAGCUAAGAAUAGGUUCGGUAAAGUCGAACCUUAAUCACACAGAGUCAACCUCAGGUCUUGCUGGGCUUAUCAAGGUCGCUCUAAUGAUCAAAAACAAAAGAUUGGUGCCAACUGUUAACGUAAAUGUUCUGAAUCCCAAAUUAAAGUUGGAAGAGAAAGGCCUAAUUGUACAACAAACAAGCGAACCAUGGAACACAGAAUCAGGGAAACUGCGAAUAGGAGCAGUUAACUCCUUCGGAUAUGGUGGAUCAAACGUCCACGUCAUCCUUCGCGAAGUUACCUCGAAGGAAACCUCAGUGCAUGAAGAACCCGUUGAUCGCUUAAAUAAUAUUCUCACAAUCUCUGCGCGCUCUAAAGAGGCUUUACAGAAGAUGGCACGGCAAUAUUCUGAAUGGCUGAAAGAUCAUGUCAACGAAGUAGACAAAUCUUUUGUCAACGACUUAUGUUACUCUUUAAACGAACGCCGCAGUCAACUCCCACACCGGUUGGCACUUGCCUUUGGAUCCACUAAUGAUGCAUCCAAGACUCUAGCAGACUACGCUAAUGACUUCGUGGGAUGGGACAAGUCGGUUUCUUAUGGUGAAGUAAACUCCGCUGACCCAAAGAUCGUCUUCAUGUUUGGCGGGCAGGGCUCUCAAUGGUAUGCCAUGGGUAGACAGCUCAUUGAAACAGAGGAAACGUUUAAAGAGGCUAUUUUAACUGUAAGCAACAUACUUAAAGACAUGGGGAUGACGUGGUCACUUGUAGAUGAGCUGAUGGCAUCAGAAGACAAAUCAAGAAUUUCCGAGAAUUGCAUCGCCCAGCCAGCCACGUUUGCUGUGCAGUAUGCUACUGCACAGCUGCUGAUGUCCUGGCGAAUCUAUCCUUCAGCCGUCAUUGGUCACAGUCUUGGUGAGUUUGCAGCUGCUUGUGUUUCUGAGAUUAUAACGGUCAAGGAAGCAGUGCAACUGGUGCUGAUUCGUUCCACAUUGCAAGAUAAAUGCCCUAACAAUGGUGCCAUGGCGGCUUUGGGCAUGUCAGAAGAAAAUGCAAAAAAACUACUUACAGAAUUGAAGCUAAGCGCCACACUAAGCAUCGCCGCAGUCAAUGAUGCGAAGAGCGUGACACUGUCUGGUGAUUCCGAAUCCAUCGACGCCCUUGGCCAGCAUCUGGCAGUACACGCAAAGGAUACUUUCUGGCGUAUUCUUGGGACAAAACACGCAUUUCACAGUCCGCAUAUGGAGGUUAUCAAGAAACCUUUUGAAGCAGCAAUGAAAAGGAUCACAUUAAAGCCUAAGCUGUCGAAGAUUCCAAUGUAUUCUACCGUCGAGGGUGGAGUCGUCUCAGGUCAACAGUUAAACAGCGAUUAUUGGUGGCGAAAUAUUCGCUUCCCAGUCCAGUUCUAUCAAGCAAUGAAGAACCUGCUACUCGAUGGUUACAAACAGAUUAUUGAGGCUAGCACGCAGCCUAUUUUAGCCCACUACGUCAAGCAAAUUGCUCUUCAAAACAACCGUAAAGACCAGGAAUUGCCAGUUGUCAUUGCAACACUUCCUCGAAAGAGGGUACCUGUUCAAGACCAGCACAAACGCUUUCUCCAGAACACCAUAUGCAAACUUUACACCCUAGGAUUUCCCAUUGAUUGGCAAUGCGUACAGAAGAAUCCAUCGGCCAAGUUCGUCCGUUCGCUCAACUAUCCAUGGCUGGAAAACAGCUUUUGGUACAGGGAACAUCCACCCAUGACCAUAAUUCCUCCACUUGGAACAGAGGAACCCACAAAGAAGCAAACACACCCCUUUCUAGGACAGGUGAAAAUGACCGACUUUUUUUCAGGACUGCACUGCUGGGAAACCGAGAUUGAUGUCCAUCGUUUUGCAAGUUUGAAAGACCACGCUCUUAUUCAGGGAGUAACUGUGAUGCCGGGGGCUGCCUACCUAGAAAUGGCCUUUGCGAUGGCGAAGGACAAGUUCGUUGAUAUUGCUGGCUUGGAACUAAGUGAUGUUAAGCUGUCAAGUCUUCUUACACUGCCUGAAACACAGGUGCGCUCCUUACGACUACGUCUUAUGAAAACUGACAGAAUUGACACAACUCAGUUCAACAUUACUAGUGUUCAAGAUCAACAUUCUGAGAUUAAACUGAGCAGUGGGAGUAUUUCCGUUGAUCUUUUGCACAGAAGACAAAUGAGCGAAGAUGAAGCUCCAAAUCAGGUUGGUCCAGCUGUAAACGCACUGAUGAUAAAUAUGACCAAAAUGCCGGUGGAGCAAUUCAGAGAAAUAACGGAGAAGUUUGGUUUCAACUACGGCCCAACAUACUCCAUCAUCAAACAAAUAUGGCAGUGCAGCAAUGAAGGACUUUGUCUGGUCGAUAUCAGUGAAUCUCUGGAAAUCCAAACAGAAGCUGCAGAUUAUGUUAUCCAUCCCUGCAUCUUAGACGCCUGUUUACAGUCCUGCUUUGUUCCGCUUGGAAUUUCGUUAACCAAUGACAAGUCAAUUGUGCCGGUGGGUUUCAAAAGCAUUACUCUUAAUGAUGUUCCAUCUUCGAACCAGCUGUACUGUCACGUCACUGCUGAUGCGAACGACUUUGGAAAAUUUGACGUUACCCUCAUGAGUCCUUCCGGUAACGUUUUAUUAACCAUGUGUGAGUUUCGUAUCGCGGAGUUGACUAGCUCACCACGCCAACUUGGUUUCGUUGACCUUGCGUAUGAAGUCAAUUGGAAAGAAAAGGAGCUAACACUGGAAGAGCGAAAAGAAAGCGUGGAACAUUUGACGUGCGUAGUGUUGAAAGAUUCCUCCGAUUUCUCAAACACCUUAAUCUCAAGACUUCAGGCUGCAAAAGUCAAGGUGAUCAUAGUUGACCUGCCAGGUGAACUACGUGAUGUGGCUUACAACAGCGAAGUGCAAAAAGUGAUUGAAACAGUCUUUUGGGGCAUACCAAAAAGAGAUUCACCCAACCUCAGGGUCAUAAACAUGUGGCCUGUUCAAACGACGCUUCUACUGGACAACUUCGAUGUGAUUGAUCAAGCUCAAAGCAUCGCUUUCAGCAGUUCCGUCUUCUUAAUCAAGCUGCUGGUGAAAAAAGAGUGUCUUGAUUCACGGCUGUUCCUCAUAACUGAGUCUACACAGGUGCUGAGCUCUUGCGAAAGGUCUUCUGAAACUAAAUCCAUGCCGUGGGGUUCUACAGUCUGGGGUCUUCGACGAACAGCAAACCUUGAAGACCCCAGCCUCAGGGUUACAGCUAUUGACCUUGACAGCAAAAAGAAUGUGAAUGAAGUAGAUGCCUUGACUGACGAGAUUCUAGGUGACAGUAUUGAAGACGAGGUAGCCUUCCGAGAGGGCAAACGAUUCAUUAACCGCCUCCAAAGAUUACCAACGCUCCAGAAGAAAACUACCAUAACCAGCAUGGACGAGAUCAAGAAGAAACAUUCAUUGUACCUGUCAACUUUUCCUUCGUCAGGAAAGCUCUGCCUGCGUGAACAAAGUCUGUCGAAACCAUCCCCCUCUGAGCUGACAAUAGACCUGCUUUAUAGCUGGACACCCUCUGAAUCUCUGACCGAUGUAGCCAAACCAAAAGGAUGUGUCUUCGUGGUUGGAAAAGUGACUGGUAUACCUGAGAAGAGCGAACCCACUUUCCAGAUUGGCGACGAGGUGUGUGGUGUUCUUUCCACUGGACGGGUUUCCCAUUCCAUGUCCAUCCAAGUCAGUGACGUCUUUGUAAAGCCAGCAAGCCUGACAAAGGAGCAGGCCACAUUUAUUCCUGCGUGCUUAGCCAUAGCAUCUCACGCUCUUCAAAUGGCAUUUCCUGGUGAACAAAACCAGAAAUUACUGAUACAUGAAGCCAACCGAGGUCCUGGACCAGCAGCAGUUUGUCUUGCAAAAACAUCGGGUCACAGAGUAUUUUGCACCAUUCCCGACACUUGCCAAACGCCUACAAAGACUCUUCUGCUUGAAAUGGGUGCGGAAGGUGUGCUGCGUCAGAGUUCCCCCAAUCUCAGUAGUGAUUACAACGACCCCUUCGAUGCCGUUGUAUUUUUCUAUCCACCUUCUCCAAAUGCUCUUCAAAAAAGUAGUCGGUCUCUUAAACGAGGAGGAAGAGUCAUUAUCUUGAGCUCUGAGUUCCAUGGUGACGUCGUAUUUCCCGCAAAUACAAGUGUCAGAUACGAGCGAGAGGACAUAGCACACAUUCUUCUGUCUCGCCUGGUUUUCGAGAAACUCAGUUUAGAAAGUCUUAAACUGCUGGAAGAUAAAGGAGUUCUUGAAAAGCUUCUUUCAUUGCAGCUCGAGACUGUUGAUUUGACGAAGUCAAUCAAAGCGGUAAACACGUCAAGUCGAAAAUUCCAAGUAAAGGCAUUUUCAGAAGUUUUCUUUCCAAUCUACUCGUAUGCAUCUUUUGAAGAAGACAAUCACCUGCAACAUAUUCCAGUUCUCCCUCGCGGCUUAGACGGGUGUGGUUUGAAAGAAAACAGAACUUACCUGGUAGCAGGAGGAAUCCGAGGAUUUGGAUUUGAAGUUGCUUGUUGGAUGAUAGAGAAUGGAGCAAGAUCUCUAGGGCUUAUUGGUCGGUCCAAGCCCUCAGAAGACAAGUGUCAGUGGAUACGAGCGAUUGAGAAGAGGACCGGUGCUAAGAUCCACAUCUUUCAGGUUGACAUUUCGAACAAAUGCCAGAUGUCUUCCUUUAAACAACGGCUUCAAUCUCUUCCAAGUGUGGCUGGAAUCGUGCACACUGCCAUGGUUCUUAGAGACGAAUUUAUCAAGGAUCUGACCUUUGAAAGCUUCACCGAAGUCAUGGGCCCUAAGAUCAAAGGUUCAUUUUUGCUUCACCAAAUGAGCUUAGAAAUGGAUCUGGAUUUCUUCGUCAUGUUUUCAUCCAUGGCGUCCAUCGUUGGUAACAUGGGACAAUCGUCAUAUUCCGCCUGUAAUGCUUUUCAAGAUUCCCUCGCUCAGUACCGAAGACACGUGCUCGGUCUACCCGGACUGGCGAUAAACUGGGGACCAAUCAGUGGAGCUGGUGUAAUGGAGCGAGAAACUGGUAUCGUUAAACUGCUGACCAAGGCUGGAUUGGGCUUCAUUCAUGCAAAGGAAGGAGUAAAACUCAUGGCCAAAGUUCUAACUGAAGAGCCAGGCCGCUGCCAAAUCUCUCUGUUUGAUGCGGACUGGACUCGAUUCAUUAAAAGCAAUCCUGGACUGAGAAAGACUUCCCGACUCUCAGCCAUCACUGCUGAAAUCAGUGCUCCCGAGAGUCAGACCAGGUCGACAGAAUCUCUGGCGCAAGCGAUUAUCCUAGAGAAGGAUGCACACAAGAGAGCAGAGCUUGUAAAUGAAUAUGUUUCCAUCUUACUUACAGAAUGGACAGGAAUUUCAUCACCUUCCGAGACAGAUCUGAACAAGAGCUUUUACAGUUACGGCGCCGAUUCCACUGGAUCUCUGACUUUGAAAAUGCAGCUUCAAUCCAAUCUUCAAGUCUCUUUUGAGGUUUUCUAUUUUAUGCAGCCUGAUACCACUCCGCUAAAAUUGAUAAAAGAUAUUACUGUCAGACUUGGUGCACAAAGGUCAAACUCCCAACCAUCCAACGAGCAGCCUGAAAAUAGCGAAGACCGAGAAGAUGGACCUGCGCAGACACAACCAACGACGGAUACAUCUCAAUCAAAAAUUACCCCAGCGAAUCAAAUACAAGUUGUACCGCUGUACACUCCUGCGGGCUCAGCCAUAAAGUUUUUCUGUGUACAUCCAUCACACCGAUACGCCAUGAGUCUGGUGCCAAUUUCUACAGGUUUUCAAGGACAGGAUUUGGUAUCCUUCUAUGCACUGGGCUUCACUGACCCAACAGUAGUGAGUGAGGACUGGGGUGGAGUACGUGAACUUGCUGCACAUUACGUUCAACUGAUCAGCAUAGAGCAGCCCCAUGGACCGUACUUUCUUGGCGGAUAUUCCUACGGAGGGCUUCUUGCGUACGAAAUGGCGUCCUUGUUGACAGAGCAGAACCAGAGGGUGGAAUGUGUAGCAAUGAUCGACACAUUUCCCUGGUCCCCGCUUUCACAGACGAUCAGCACUAGGCUAGCUUCCAUGCAGGAAGAUGUAAAUUCGCAACGUCGACAUCUUAAGCUUCAAUUCGAAAACUUCAUGCAGAAGCUAGCGUUAGAUUCCCUUAAGAUGGGAGCUGAUGAAUACCGACAGCUGAGAGAGGAGCACAACGAAGACGGGGCCCUAGAUGAACUACAGAGAAGGAGCCUCGAGAAAGGACUCACCAGCUAUAAUUUGAAAGCCCUCCGAGAGUCCCUUCUGAGGGAUCAAACUAUUGCAAGCAGAACACACCACGAAUGGCAGCCUCCUGAGGUCCGUUAUCGAGGUCCUCUCACCUUCCUCAAAUGCCAAAACACCUGCUUCUCGCCAACUCGGCCCCCCAAGUCAGAUAGCGCCGAGGAGGUAUGGGGCCAGCUGGUAAAUGGAGGGACAGCCGUGCUCGUUUGUCCUGGUGACCAUUACUCCUUAAGUGAGCUACCCCAUGCUCCCGUGACAGGCAGUAUCCUAGCGACAGCCCUUGCAUUCAACUACCGCAUGUUGUUCAAGGAAUUCCCCAGACCUUCAAGAACAUUCCAUCAAAGACGAGCCGUGGAAAAGUUUUGCAGCGGAGUAAAAGUGUUUCUUCACUCAAAGAAAGGCAACAAAUGGCCACACUUUGGAGAUCUUUUCUUCGACGAGGGUUCUUACAAACUUGAGCUGAAGUCAAAAGUGGACGAUGGAGGAACGGAUGAGAACGAAAAAACCAAAAGGAUAAUUGACCUGAAAGGCCUCCGCAUGGUGCAGCCAGGACGACUCGUCUCCAGUGCCCAGAAGUAUGCCUGGCGCAAGCGAAGAGUCGGAGCUGAUCAAAGUGGGAACCUGGGACAAGUUGCGUCCGUCAUAACAGGUCGGCGAGUUUACAACUUGGAAUUCACUGAUUAUUCCGAUUUAAAAGCGUUUUAUAACAUGAUAGAAGCUGUAUUUGCAGUGACAUUGUUAACCAGUUAGACCUGUAGUGGCAAACACGUGUUUUGAUUUUUCUAGCUUUAACUUUUCGACCAUUUGUGUUCGAAUUCAGUUAUGUUUUUACACAAGUAUCAUAAAAUAUAUUUACAACAAACUUGCUUAGUUGCAACUUUACUGAUCCUUGUUGUUCAGUCAAAAUGACAGAGCCAUGGAGCGAUUUACCUCGAUGCUUCUGUGAUAUUUUACUGUUAGUUGCAAUUUAGAGGUUAGCAAGUAAAUUUUUUUAAACCUAGCAUAAACUUGAUUAUUUGCAAUUAAUUAAAUCCAAAACAGUCAUUUUCCCUCUGUUUCUGUUUCAUUUGACUAUUGUGCGAGAAAUUUUACUGUAGUAUUUUAAGGUCUAUUUUUUUAGCAAAAAGGAACUCACUUUCUGUAGAGUUAAGAAGCAAGUGAUUGUAGCUAAGUAAGUUUAGAUUUCACCUUUCAUACUCAACUUAGUUCUCUUACUCAGAAACUAAAAAUCUACGUAAAAUUGCUGUGAAAUCGCUGUCAUUCGUAAGUAUAGGGACCUAAUUUACUUUGACAAAAAUAAUGGAUCAGUAUAGAUUGCUUCACACCCACCAAUUAUGUUAGUUUAUCCAAAGUCAGCGUUAGAUAAGAGUGUUUGAUUCCUUUUCACUUUAUAACUAUAAGGAAACACUUAGUUUCAAACUAGUUGUAAAUUAGUAUAAGUUUCCACGGGUCAAUGUUGUCUCGCAUUCAAGACUAUUUUAGUUACCUUUUUAUGUGGCUCUUAAUUUUUGAACAGAUUUUCGCCGAGUUUUAAUGUAGAUUUACUUAUUGGAAUAUUGUAGGUUUUUUAGUUUAGCAUAGUUUGUGUCAACAUACGGUAUGGGAAAGAGUCUUUAAUGCUUGGUCCCUUGGCCUGGGAGUUAUAUCUAGUUUUUUCUCCUUAGAAUUUUGAUGACCCACUCGACAUUGUCUAUUAAUUAGUUAGAAACGAAAAUGCCUCUUUACUAAAUAGUUGCUUAUUCCAGGAAACGCUGUCUUGGCAUAUUACGAGAUUCUGAAAACAGACCUGAAUAGAAGUGGGCAUCAAUUGUCCGGAAAAUUAAUUAGUAUUUCUAAUAAUGAUUGGGAAUUGAGAGCUUGUAGGGCAACGCAGGCGGCGUGAGAGCAAACUGUUAAGUUUUCACAAAAAGAAAGUUCUGAAGAAAGUUUUGCAGGCAAUUGUCUUAGAACAUUGUAGUGCAAUGACUUCAACGGGGACAACCUGAGAGUUUUAAAGCAAUCAGACCAUAAUUUUGAGCCAUAAGAAUUUUAACCUUGUUUGUGAUCUCAUCCAUCAUAUUGUAGCAUCUUGAAUGUCAAUCGUUGGAACACACAAUUCUGGUUGGCUGUAAAUUACAUACAAAUUGCGUUUACUUGAGCAGCAAAACAAACGCCGGAGCGACAAAAAUAAUUUGAACUUAGCACAGACAAUUUGAAUGGGCGCUCCUAGCGCCUAGUGCUCCUAGCAAGUAGGCGGAAUAUGUCGUUGUUCUGUUGUUGGUGUCGGAAUGAUAUUUACCACGGAGUUAAAAAUUACUUUCUAGCUGUCUUUAGAGGAUUGGCCGACUUCCAAACUGUGUUCGCAAUCAUUAUAACAGUCGCUAGACAGUGCAGAGUUGUUUUCUCCACGCUGGGUCGCACUUUUACGGCACCACGUUCAAAGUUUUAGCGUUAUUUUGUUGCUUUGUUCGAACUGAAAAUUGUUUGCUUCAAAUAAUUAUUUUACCUCUGGACCUUGACGAGUUGUGUUCCAAGCGCUGGUCUCAAAGAAAAUUACUUUUAUUGCCUGUUUAUCGCGGGUGCUGUUGAAGUCAAUGAAAUUUGAACGCAUUCAGCAGCAAAUGAAAAUUUUCCAUUCCAACGGCUAACCAUGGCACUGCUAGAACAUGACUGGUGAGAUCACAAACAAACUCACAGUCUUCCAUUUACAAUCGUACUGUGAUUGAUUGAAAACUCUCAGGCGGCCGCGGUUUGAGUCGUUGCACUGUAAGCGUUUUCACAAUAUCAUUAUAGUGCUCUAAACUCAGCGACAUAUAAGUUAUAAGGAAACAUUUUGAUGAGAUAGGAAAUAUAAUUUUUAUGUACAGCAAGGAUUAUAAUAAAAAGAGGGAUAAAUUAACCGA